AGGACACGCGUCGCCAUCGUGGCUCUCCGUGCCCUAAUCGGACGGACCAGCGCAGCAAACAGGUCCCAGCCAAAACUUUCCCAAUCCCUCCUUACCCAACACGCCAAAGCCAUUUGGGCAACUUCUGCUUUCCUACUGCUGCCACCACUACUCCCAACCGACGCUGCUGUUCGCCUCUUCCUCCACCACCUCGGUGAGUUCUCCUCCUCCUCCACCACCUCGACAUGGCUGCAGAAGCUGAUGGGAGAGGCACCACAACUUUACAGCAUAUUGCUCUCAAUGAGCGCAUACUUUCUUCUAUGAUGCGGAAGUCUGUUGCUGCUCACCCUUGGCAUGAUUUAGAAAUAGGUCCUGGAGCUCCUGCUGUUUUUAACUGUGUGGUUGAAAUUGCAAGAGGAAGUAAGGUCAAGUAUGAACUAGACAAGGCAAGUGGGCUUAUCAAGGUUGAUCGGGUUCUCUACUCUUCAGUGGUUUAUCCACACAACUAUGGUUUCAUCCCUCGAACCCUCUGUGAGGAUGGUGAUCCCAUGGAUGUACUGGUACUGAUGCAGGAGCAGGUGGUGCCUGGUUGUUUUCUGCGUGCUCGUGCUAUUGGGUUGAUGCCAAUGAUUGAUCAGGGGGAGAAGGAUGACAAGAUAAUAGCCGUUUGUGCUGAUGACCCUGAGUUUCGCCAUUACAAGGACAUCAAUGAUCUGCCACCUCAUCGUCUUGCAGAAAUCCGCCGCUUCUUUGAAGACUACAAGAAGAACGAGAACAAGGAGGUUGCAGUAAAUGACUUCCUGCCAGCUGAAGAUGCCAUCAAAGCAAUUGAAUACUCAAUGGAUCUCUAUGCUUCCUAUAUCAUCGAGAGCUUGAGGCAGUAAGACAUUACCGGAAUGGGGGAAGUAUUAGACUAUAACAAGAAAACAAAUCUUGCUUGACAACACAAAUGUUGUCUUAAUUGAUGUAUAAUGUAUCCUAAGACACUAUGCCUUGUGCAGAUUUGCCCAUGAUCUAGUUUUCCUGUAGUGUCAGGUAGAUACUUGGUUUAUAUCUUGCAGCGCCGCUUAAGACUCUUUGUAUGUUCUUCAUGUGUGCUGCCGCUUGUUUGAUCCCAAGGUACGCUUUUUUGCUUAAUGGGGUAUGAUGUUGUAUUACUAAUAUUUAUAGAUUUAAAGCAAAUCUGUUUGAAUUA